AUGUUUGACAAAAAGACCGACAGCAAAGCUGCUUCUGAUGCAGUGCCGCAGUCUGAGAGUGGUACUACAACGCCAGAUCUAGUUGCUGAUGAAAAGGCACCCGUCAAGCAGGACGCAGACCCGGACGUCACAGAAGAGGCUGAGAUUGACAAAGAGGAUGCAGCCGGCACUGCAGAAGAAGAGUAUCAGACUGGACUGCCAUUGGCGCUGGUCAUGGUAUCGGUCCUACUUACUGUCUGUCUAACAUCUCUCGACAUGACUAUUGUCGGGACGGCCAUUCCCAAGAUCACUGAUGAGUUUCACGGUCUCAACAUGGUGUCGUGGUACGGCUCCGCGUACUUUAUGACAUUUGGCGGUUUCCAACCCGCGUCCGGCAAAUUCUAUCGCUAUUUCCCGAUCAAAUGGUCUUUUCUCGGAGCACUAUUCAUAUUCGAGCUCGGAAGCCUGAUUUGCGGUGUUGCGCAAAACUCGACUACGUUUGUCGUGGGGAGAGCGAUAGCGGGUCUUGGUGCGUCGGCGGUGGUGACGGGUGCAAUGACUAUCGCUGCUUUGGCUGCUGAGCCUGCGCAACGGCCCGUACUCAUGGGUCUUGCUAGUCGACUAACGAGCCAAAACAGCUUUUACAUCAACCUUCCUAUCGGCGGCGCUGCCGCAGUACUUAUAUUCUUUUCAUUGAAGAUGCCGUCAACUGCGACUGUAGAGGCAACUUUGAAAGAAAAGUUCCUGCAGAUGGAUCCAGUUGGUGUCUCACUCGUCAUGGGCGGCAUCGUCACAUUCAUCCUGGCUCUGGAAGCUGGCGGUCAAAAGCAUCCCUGGGACAGCAGCAUGGUCAUUGGCCUCCUCGUUGGCUUCGUUGCGAUACUAGUAGCCUUUGUCGCAUGGGAAAUCUUUAACGGCGAGCGUUCGAUGAUCCCGCCCCGACUCUUCCGUGAACGAACUAUCUGGCAGCCAGCAGGCUUCAUAUUCUUCUAUGGAGCAGGAUAUAUCGUACUGCUGUACUAUCUUCCGAUAUACUUCCAAAGUAUCGACAACCGCAGCGCAAUCAACUCUGGAGUACUCAAUCUGCCACUGGUUCUGUCGCUGGCACUCGGAAGCACAGUCAGUGGAAUUGUAGUCUCCAAGACUGGCCUCGCUGCACCUUUCAUGGUCGGCGGCGCAGUGAUGGCGACUGUAAGCACCGGCCUGCUCUAUACGUUCGACAUUGGUACAGGAGUCGACAAGUGGAUAGGAUACCAGAUUUUGUACGGUGGUUCGGUUGGCCUAGGCUUCCAAAUGGGAAUCAACACCGCCCAGGCUAAUCUGAAGACUGUGGACAUGUCUUCUGGCACAGGUGUUAUUUUCUUUUUCCAGACCAUCGGUGGCGCCCUGUCUCUUUCUGCAGCCCAAUCAGGGUUCGCGAACCGUCUGAUCAAUGUGCUUGCCCGGACUGCGCCAGAUGUCAACCCAGGGGCCGUAAUUGGCACUGGGGCCACGCGGAUAAGAGUUUCAUUUAAUGCCCAACAAGUCCCUGGGAUUAUUGAAGCAUAUAUGGCGGGUAUCAAGGUCACUCUGGCACUUGCAACUGCUUUGACUGGGAUAUCAGCCUUGUUUUCACUACUGGUACAGUGGAAGCGGCUUAAUCUAGGCAAACUACAAGGCGGUGUUGCCUAG